CCCGCCAUUACCUUAGGGUACUGCAUUAUCUACAGGGUUCCUUACAAUUUGCUCUGACCUUUGUGAAGCACCCCUUUAUGAAGACUUCCUCUGAUUUCUCUUAACUGGGGGAAUCUUGUUUCCUGCUGGGACCCUUGACUGAUGGAAGGACCACCCGCCCUGGAUCCCCUGGGCUGCCCUGGUUUGCAAUAAUGAGCCGUGCUAUUAUGCAGAAGUUUUUAGGUUUAGAAACAUGUGUCUCAUAAGCCUCUCAUACCUCAGGUUGAAGACAAGCAUGAAGCCAUUUUGUUCAUUUUUAGUCUGCUCCAGUACCCUGGCAGACCUUCCAGAUUCUAAGUCCAAGCAGCUCAGGCUAUAGCCUCAUUUCCCCCAGGGCACUACUCCAUUGUGACUUCACCCACUGAAGUCACCCGGGCGACAGUGCUGGAUGUUCCAUGCUAGAGUCUUGGGCCUCUCAGGAGGCAGGGACAGCAGGCCUGGUCAGCUCAGAGGACACUCUGUCCACAGUGUAAAUGAGGACACUGCUGGCCCAUGUCUGGCAGGGAUGUAGAGGGCAGCCUCAGAGGCACCGGGCACUCCCGGCACCAUGGAUGACGCUGCCGUCCUCAAGCGACGAGGCUACAUCAUGGGGAUAAACUUGGGAGAGGGCUCUUACGCCAAAGUCAAAUCGGCUUACUCUGAGCGCCUGAAGUUCAACGUGGCGGUCAAAAUCAUCGACCGCAAGAAAGCCCCCGCGGACUUCCUGGAGAAGUUUCUUCCCCGGGAGAUUGAGAUUCUGGCCAUGCUAAACCACCGCUCUAUCGUCAAGACCUAUGAGAUCUUUGAGACAUCGGAUGGUAAGGUCUACAUUGUCAUGGAACUUGGGGUCCAGGGCGACCUCCUUGAAUUCAUCAAAACCAGAGGAGCCCUGCAAGAGGAUGACGCUAGAAAGAAGUUCCACCAGCUCUCCUCGGCCAUCAAGUACUGCCAUGAUCUGGAUGUCGUCCACCGAGACCUCAAGUGCGAGAACCUUCUGCUCGACAAGGACUUCAACAUCAAGCUGUCUGACUUCGGCUUCUCCAAGCGCUGCCUGCGGGACGAUAGUGGUCGGCUGAUAUUAAGCAAGACCUUCUGUGGGUCAGCAGCUUACGCGGCCCCCGAGGUGCUGCAGGGCAUCCCCUACCAGCCCAAGGUGUAUGACAUCUGGAGCCUGGGCGUGAUCCUCUACAUCAUGGUCUGUGGCUCCAUGCCCUACGAUGACUCCAAUAUCAAAAAGAUGCUGCGCAUCCAGAAGGAGCACCGUGUCAACUUCCCACGCUCCAAACACCUGACCGGUGAGUGCAAGGACCUCAUCUACCGGAUGCUACAGCCAGAUGUCAACCGACGACUGCACAUCGAUGAGAUCCUCAACCACUGCUGGGUGCAGCCCAAGGCACGAGGUCUGUCCUCUGGAGCCAUCAACAAGGAGGGGGAGAGCUCCCGGGCCACUGAGCCCCCAUGGACCUCUGAACCUGGGCCUGAUAAAAAGUCUGCCACCAAGCUGGAGUCUAGGGAGGAGGCACAACCCGAGGACCAACCUGAGACAAAACCUCAGGAAGACAAUGUGCAAGUGUCCAGGCACUCAGAGACCCUGGGCCUCAGCAGCGAAGUGAACAGGGAUACAGAGGAAGGGCACCCCCAACAGCCUCAGGAGACACAUACUUAGCGAGCCUCUCGCAGCCCAGGGGGCCAGCAGGGAAUGAGGCAGAGCUCAUGGCUUGAAACCUGAGCCCAGAAGUCAAGGGAUGAGAGAGAGAAGGAAGACAGUCCUGGAUGAGCUGCUAUUUUCGUCACUUUCUUCUCCUCCCCUUUGAACUUGGUAACUAACAUGGCUAAAGAAGCAAUAAAUAACUAUAUUGGUGCAGACCCUAAAGCGAAUGUCUUUGCCCAGGCGACUGUCCUCCUGGGUUCCCCUUGUCUUCCUAUUAGAUUGCAAAUCUUCAUUCCUAGCUGUAUCCUCAGCUGGACCAGUGAAAGGCUGCUUGGGGAGAUUUGGAGGUAAGAUAGCUAAGUGAAGAAGAUACCGCUUCUAGAGGGAGGAUGAGAGGUGCAGGGAAGGGUAGAGAGAAGGCAACGAGAGGACAGUCCAACAGGAUGAACAUGGCUGCCUGCCGAGGAAGGGCUAGAAGCCACAGCCCUGUCUCCUACUGG